AUGAGGAUCCACCGUACUAAGUCUUUCGUUCCCAUUGUUUAUCUUUCCGGUGAGCCCCGUCGGUGUUAUCGACUACCUCCUGUGACGGCCAAGGGCAGUUCACCGCACAGCGCAGGGAUCCACGUGAGCACGCGCCGCAGAACAGCCCGUGCGACAAGACGUGUUCGGCGCUUGGCGCCUCUGUCCCUUCUGAUCGUGACACCUCCGUCUCUUCCUCCCGACGGCGGCGACUCGCGGCACCAAAAGCAGCAAACUAAAGAUGCUCUCCCCCGCCGUACACGGAGCAGCCGGUCGCCGGCGCCGUCGGCGUAUAGCAUCGGCGGGCACUCGUUUAGUAGGCCCGAGGACCCGUUCGCCUUCCUGUCGAGGUUCGACACGGUGGUGCUAAUCGAUGACUCGGGCUCCAUGACGGACUCGCGCGGCAGCGGCGGCGACCCGUCGGGCGCCGGCCGCGCCGGCACGGGCUACAACGUACGCGACGCCGAGCAGGUCGGGAGUCUCUUUAAGCGCCGCGUCCGCGCUGCCGGCGGCGACGCCUGGACCACCGAUGUCAAGCCCUCGGCCCUGCUCGCCGCCACCCGCAAGCUCGACGCCAUCGACGCCCCACCCUACCAGGUCGGCGGGCAGUUCUUUCAGGUUCGUCGACACCGUUACGUGGAACGCUGCCGCGCGACCGCCAGGACAUCCGCCGACGAGUCUUCCAGCAGCCGCUUCCUCUCCGCAAGACGCCGCCGCUGGGCCAACAGGCGGGACGACAUUCAUUCGGUCGCAUUCAGGCCUGGAGUUAAGGUUUCAGUUAGUCAGGACGCCGUCACCGUGAUAGAGCCGGUCCGGUGCUGGGCAGUCCGGGCGCCGCUGUGUCCGGCGUACGGACGGCGGUGCGCAGCGUGGUCGGGCGGCAGGUGCGAGCCUAAGUGUCCUAGCGUGGUCGCGCUCUAUCUCGGCCGGCUCUCACGACGAGACGGCCCGCCCCCGUGCCAGAGGGUAGUCCCGAAGACUAGCCGCACCGUCUACAUCACUUUCGGGAAGAGGUCGUCGUUCAACCUCGCCUGGAACCCCAACGCAACCGAGGACGACGUCCCCCUAGCCCAGCAAAACUUGAUCCGGCACGCCCGUCUCCUGGCCGUCACUGGCGUCGCGUUUCCCGAUCCCGACGAGGCAAGCACCACGCCCCAGAGCCCUGCCCUCGCGUCUCGGAGCACCUAA